CAUGCAUGCUGAAUGUGUUUGUGUUGUUGCCUUGUUUUAGAUUUGUGUGUGUUUGUGUUUCAUCCGUUCUUUGUUGUAUUUUACAUGGUACUUUUUUCUGUUAUUUUUUGUUAGAUGCUCAUUAGUCAUGCGUGGUUCAUAUCACGUUUGAAUGAUUAUAAUGCAACCAUUCAUUGUUUUUGUGUUGUGUGUAACAAGUUACAAAGUAAUUAGUUACUGUAAUUUAAUUACUUUGGGAUUACUCAAAUUUUCUCUGUAAUUUAAUUUCUGAUGUAACUAAACUAAUUACUUUGUGUAAUAUAUGUGUGUGCAAUAGUGGAACUGACAUUAAAUUUUAAGUCUACACUUAAAAAUCUGUGAUUUCAUGUAUAACUCUCAAAUUUGUAUACUUUGGUUUGUUAACAUGAGUACUUUCUGUAGUUUGAUAUUAUUUAUUUUAAUGCAUUUCAAUGAAUUUCUAUCCUUCAAUCAAUUCUAAUCAAGGUUGAUGUAUGAUCUAGAAAGUAAUUAGUAAUAAGUAAUUAAAUAUCUUUUGAAGAGAGUAAUUUGUACAGUAAUCUAAUGACUCUAUUGAAUAUGUAGUUAGUAACUACUUACUUUUUCAGAGUAACUUACCUAACACUGUUUGUGUGAAUGUGUUCAUGUGGUGUCUUGGUGUCUUUUAAAGGUGACGAGUGUCGGUUUUGGGCCUUAUAGGGUCGUACAGAAUUGUAAACUAUUUUGUCAACAAAAUGUAUCUGCUUGGUGUCUUGUGCACAUGAUCUGACGCCAAAAGAAUGAUUUGAAGUUGAUUGUGUUGACUUGAAAAUACUUAUCUGAAGUUGAAAAUGACACACCUCACCUUUAAUGUAAUAACCAACAUGCGUGUUAUUAAUUCUCUAGUUCCCUGUUGCUCUUCUUGUCUUCUCUGUUUAUUUACCCUCCUUUACAAGAAAAUGCGUCAAAGAGGCUCCCGGAAUUCUGCUUCGAAUCGCACCAAUUCCACCGAAGGCCAGUCGGGUGCUGGCUGUUUGUCCAAAGCUGCCCUACAGGGUCUACAGUCAGAAUGUGCCGCCGUGUGGUUUGACCGCGCCGCCUUCGAGCGAGCAGAAAGCUUGUACCACAUCCGACUGCUGGAACGUCAGAACGGCAGCAUGACCCCCACGAGCUCUUCCCCCAAAAACGAAGACGCAUGUCACCAUGGAGACCAAGCGGCCGUUAGGGUCAAUAAAGCCAGCUUUCACCACGCCGAGAGGCGUUUUACGGAACGCUCUCUGGAUCAACCGAUCGCUCCGAGAUCUCUUCAGCUGCACCCUUCCCAGCCUCCAUGCGACGAGGGCUACCAGUCACAAACGCCGACCCCUCCCACACCCGCUUCAAGACCAAUCAACGGUACCUCGUCAUCCCUAAUGGGGGUGUGGCUGCAGAAGCCGCUUUAUGACAACGCCGAGACAUCUUAUUACCAGAACCUGUACGCUUCAAACGUCCCAAAGCCAGAAAACAACAACAAGCGCUCCAACUCCAAGCGGCGAAAUGGUGCCGGCGCCAAGAAGGCGAAAUCCGCUGCUUGCAACCAGCAGAAUUGCGAUGACGUCCCCACCGGUAACGGAGGAGUGCGAUAUAAUUUCCUGCAUGCGGACAGCGAAAGGGUGUGGCUAGAUCGUGGUUGCUAUGCGGAGGUGGAGACUAGGUUCCACGAUGGAACUGCGGCCCGAACCGUCAAAAUGUCUAGAAACGAUUCUAGCGGGUCUCGCAAGAAAAUGUCUGUGUCGGACUGUUUUGCACAGGAGAGGAUUUGGUUUGAUAAGCCGCGUUACGAUGAAGCUGAGCGUCAGUUUUACGAGAGGCUCAAUGGACCCGCGCAACAAAAGCAGGACACUGGGGCUAACAUGAUUCUUCAGGACAUUGCUAGGGCACGAGAGAACAUCCAGAAAUCUCUGGCAGGGCUGAAGACCACCUUGCAGCCAAAUAGAGGCUCCUCCCAUAAAAUAUCAAACCCCUCCCACAGCUUCUCUCCUAGCGGAGGUCCCAGCGCUGCCGAUUAUGGAGAACUCACAGCACGCUUGAAGAGUCUGGAACUGGAGAACCAGAGUCUUCACAAAGUGGUGGGCGGUCUGCGUUCUGCUCUCAGUAAGAUGGAGAGCCGUGUGUCAGUGCUGGAGAAGAGAACCACAACACCCACCGUUAACGGAACCGCUACUGUCCAUAAAUCCACUCCAGCUCCUCAGAAAGCCGCCGCUGCUCCGGUGAAAGAGGACGAUGAGGAUGACAUCGAUCUGUUCGGCAGCGAUGAAGAGGUUGAUGAAGAGGCAGAGAGGCUGAAAGAACAGCGGCUGCAGGAGUACGCGACCAAGAAAGCCAAAAAACCCGCUCUCAUUGCCAAAUCCUCUAUCCUGUUGGACGUCAAACCUUGGGACGAUGAGACCAACAUGUCAACGCUGGAGGAGUGCGUGCGAUCGGUACAGGUGGAUGGGCUGCUGUGGGGGGCGUCUAAACUCGUUCCGGUCGGUUACGGCAUCAAGAAGCUGCAGAUCAACUGCGUGGUAGAGGACGAUAAAGUCGGCACAGACUUCCUAGAGGAGGAGAUCACCAAGUUUGAGGACUACAUUCAGAGCGUGGACGUCGCGGCUUUCAACAAGAUCUAACAAACCCACAUGAGGACCAUCACACACUACUGCUGCGGAUCAUUUAAAACUUUGGAUUUGUGCUUUUUGUCUCGUGUUGUGUGUUUAUGUAAUUGACACAAAUCAAUAAAUCUCUGUGACCAGAAUGACAAA